GAGGGAGGAAGGUGGGAGGAAGGGGGGCAGGCAGGAAGCCCCUCGAGUUUUCAGACUUUGCCUCUGCCCUCGGCUUUUAGGGCGCCCCUCCCCACCUUGACUUUGGGGUCGGGAAAAACCCUGGAGUUUGCUGUAGUGUGUGCUCGUGCCUUGUGGGCGGGGAGACGGAGCUGGAAGGAAGGGCAGGAGGGAGCCGCGUCGCUGUUUAGUUUCUCCGGCGCCGGCCUCGGCCACGCUGCCCCGGGCUUCCCGGACGGGGUUUGCGCCGCCCAGGCUGGCGGCCCACGGGCUGAGGAUCACAUGUCCGAAACCAAGCGCGGCCUGGGGUGGGAGUCGACUCCUCCCAACGCGAACAUGAUUCUUCUGCGCGUGGAGGGGUGGAGGGUGGGGGCUGAAUCGAAAUCUGCAAAAAGGAAGAAGAAUCAGAAGGCUUGGAAGUUCCUCUGCAACUCGCCCCAACUCUUCCCUCCCUUCCCAUAUUUCAUCCCGUCCUCGCCCCCCUCCUUUUGGCAGACGGAGAAAUCCCUGGCCAACCUCAAUCUGAACAUGCUGGACAAGAAGGCGGUGGGGACGCCCGUGGCCGCCGCCCCUAGCUCGGGCUUCACGCCGGGCUUUCUCCGACGGCACUCGGCCAGCAACCUGCACGCACUCGCCCACCCUGCGCCUAGCUCCGGCAGCUGUUCGCCCAAGUUCCCGGGCGCGGCUAACGGCAGCAGCUGCGGCAGCGGGGCGGCGGGCGGCCCGGCCUCCUACGGCACUCUCAAGGAGCCGUCAGGGGGCGGCGGCACGGCCCUGCUGAACAAGGAGAACAAAUUCCGGGACCGCUCAUUCAGCGAGAACGGAGAGCGCAGCCAGCACCUCUUGCACCUGCAGCAGCAGCAGCAGCAGAAGGGGGGCGGCGGCUCCCAGAUCAACUCCACGCGCUACAAGACUGAGCUGUGCAGGCCCUUCGAGGAGAGCGGCACGUGCAAGUACGGCGAGAAGUGCCAGUUCGCGCACGGCUUCCACGAGCUUCGCAGCCUCACCCGGCACCCGAAGUACAAGACGGAGCUCUGCCGUACCUUCCACACCAUCGGCUUCUGCCCCUACGGGCCGCGCUGCCACUUCAUCCACAACGCCGACGAGCGGCGGCCCGCGCCAUCGGGGGGCGCCUCCGGGGACCUGCGUGCCUUCAGCGCGCGUGACGCGCUGCACCUGGGCUUCCCUCGGGAGCCGCGACCCAAGCUGCAUCACAGCCUCAGCUUUUCAGGCUUCCCGUCUGGCCACCACCAGCCCCCGGGGGGCCUCGAGUCGCCACUGCUGCUCGACAGCCCCACGUCGCGCACGCCGCCGCCACCGCCCUCGUGUUCCUCAGCCUCCUCCUGCUCCUCGUCCGCUUCGUCCUGCUCGUCAGCCUCAGCGGCCUCCACGCCCUCGGGCGCCCCGACGUGCUGUGCCGCGGCCACGGCCGCGGCGGCCGCGGCGCUGCUAUACGGCACCGGGGGCGCCGAGGACCUGCUGGCGCCGGGCGCCCAGUGCGCGGCCUGCUCGUCGGCCUCGUGCGCCAACAACGCCUUUGCAUUCGGCCCGGAGCUGAGCAGCCUCAUCGCGCCCCUCGCCAUCCAGACCCACAACUUUGCCGCGGUAGCCGCGGCGUACUAUCGCAGCCAGCAGCAGCAGCAGCAGGGCCUGGUGCCCCCCUCGCAGCCCCCGGCGCCGCCCAGCGCGCCCCUCCCUGCCAGUGCCGCCGCGCCACCCUCACCGCCCUUCAGCUUCCAGCUGCCGCGCCGCCUGUCCGAGUCUCCCGUGUUCGACGCGCCCCCUAGUCCCCCGGACUCGCUGUCUGACCGCGACAGCUACUUGAGCGGCUCCCUGAGCUCGGGCAGCCUCAGCGGCUCCGAGUCCCCCAGCCUCGACCCCGGCCGCCGCCUGCCCAUCUUCAGCCGCCUGUCCAUCUCCGACGACUGAGGCAAGAGGGCGCCAGCGAGGAGGAGGAAGGGAAGGCUGUUCCGGGGAUGUUGGAGGGCGCCCUAGCCAUCUCGACCCCCGUUAGGGACUGGGGAAGGGGGCAUGAGGGUGGGGGUGGUGUUAGGCCAUGAGCAGACUGGGCCGCACCGAGCACUUGGACUCGAACUCGUGUGCCGGGAGGGGCCUCCACCCCUCCCCUUUCGGUUUCCUCUUUUGUUUUUUUUAUUUUUAUUUUUAUUAUUAUUACGAAGUUUCAUUCUUGUUGAGCGAAAGAAGCCAACGAACUUUUGUAUUGAACAAAAUACUCACAACAGGGCAGUUGUGAUGCGAACAGAACAAAAAAACCAAACACUUAAAAGUUUUUUUUUUUUUUAGGUCUCCUAGGAGUUUGGGACUUUAGGAAAAAAAAUCAACCCAGCACCAGCAGCUACCAACAGCCAUUCCGUAUCUUCACUUGAAAGCAUUAGUUACAGUCCAGAUGUGGGACCUCUUAUCUUGAGAGAAGUUCCUAAUUGUCUCAGACCAGUGUAAACAAACCAGCCAGCCACCACAUUGCUAAACCUAUAAGCUUCUGGAAUCCAAUAUUCUACCGAGAAUAUGCCUUGAUUGUAGUCCUCAGCGCCAUAGGUGGUUUUUAUUUGUUUGACACAAAGUUCUGCGGGUCUGGGGAGGGGGGAAACCCUUGCAUUCCAAAGUUUGAUACUGGUUACUGGUUUGCUUGCCACCACUUAGUGGAUGUUUAAUUUUAGAACCAUUUUGUCUGCUCUUUCUGGAAGCCUUGGGCAGAGCUUAGUUUAAUCGUUGGGGGAAAACUGCUGAAUUUUUAGCUGUUUUGAGUUGAUUCGCACCACUGCACCACAACUCAAUAUGAAAAAACUAUUUAACUUAUUUAUUAUCUUGUGAAAAGUAUACAUUGAAAAUUUUGUUCAUACUGUAUUUAUCAAGUAUGAUGAAAAGCAAUAGAUAUAUAUUCUUUUAUUAUGUUAAAUUAUGAUUGCCAUUAUUAAUCGGCAAAAUGUGGAGUGUAUGUUCUUUUCACAGUAAUAUAUGCCUUUUGUAACUUCACUUGGUUAUUUUAUUGUAAAUGAGUAAAAAAAAUCUUAAUUUAAGAGAUUGUAUGUAAUAUUUAUUUCAUUAAUUUCUUUUCUUGUUUACGUAAAUUUUGAAAGAUGGCAUGAUUUCUUCACAGAAAUCUAUCCUGAUGCUGUGGUUUGAGGAAUAUCUUCUGAGUUUUCUUAGAAUGUAUAAUGGUUGUAGCCCAUCCAACUUGAAAGAAAAAAAGUGACCACAUACUUUUGCAAUCAGGUUUAAAUGUGGCAUGCUUUUCUCAUUCCAGCUUUUAAAAUGAGCAAAAAAAAAAUGUUCGUUGCUUUGUUCCACCAAUUCUACUGUGACAGUCUUCUUAUAAAGACAUGUAGCAAUAAUGGGGUGGGGGUAGUCUUCACAGUGCCUUGGGAAGGGCCAGAACUUGCCUUAAAUCCUCCUCAACCAAAUAAGUAUUUUUCUAUUAGUGCUAGAGAGAAUCUGAAUGUAGGAUGGGUUCAACUGCACAAAAGGAAAAGAUAUUUACCACUUUUUUUAUAUAGAUAGAAAGUGAAGAGGCCACCUCCUAGUGCUAAAAUGGUAUGUAGUACAUGAAUAUGCCUUGUUCCAUUACAGAAAAUUCCAAAACUUUUGUACUAUUUUGUGUGUGUGCAUAGAAAGGCAGGAAUGCUUUCCUGGACAGCGGAGUGAGCGGUAGCCUUAGUUUGUACGGAGGCACAGUUGGAGCACUAGCUAAGUACUCUGGACUAUGACAGAGUAGGUUUUUGAAUGUAACAAGAUAAGUCAACUUGAGUUGUAAUAUAUUUUGGGGAAAUCAGUUCACUACAGAUUGUGGCUGUAAACAUUGUACUGUAAAUGUUUUGUAGUUUUCCCCCAAUAAAAUUUUUGGGAAAAAAAGGUA